ACACGUUUUAUCACCGUACCGUGGCUAUUUUAUCCAGAACAUUGGUCUGAGAGCCAUCUAUUGGCGAGCUUGUGAAUAUAAGCGCGCGCGUGUGUUUUGUGUUGUGAUUUUUUUUAAUAUACGAAUUCCACAAUAUGCCUGGACGUCCUAUUUGGCAGUGCGCUGGCAAACGAGAGCCUGAGAAGGAGGCCGAAGCCCAAGCCUGGAUCGAAGCCGUCAUAGGGGAGAGGUUCCCCCCUGGAAUGCCGUAUGAGCAUGCUCUGAGGGAUGGCAUUAUCCUCUGCAAGCUGAUGAACAGGCUACAACCUGGCAUCAUCUCCAAAGUCAACAUCUCCGGCGGAGAUUACAAGUUCAUGGAUAAUAUCAGCCAGUUCCAGAAGGCUUGCGUGAAAUACGGAGUACCUGAUGUAGACCUAUUCCAGACCACGGAUCUUUGGGACCAGAAGAACAUCGCGUUGGUCACACAAACCAUUUUCGCUAUUGGCAGAACUGCCUACAAGCACCCCGAGUGGCGUGGCCCUUGCCUCGGCCCCAGACCAGCUGAGGAGAACCGCAGGGAAUUCAGCGAAGAUGUACUCAGAGCCGGAGAGAACGUCAUUGGACUGCAAGCCGGCACCAACAAGUUGGCGUCCCAAUCCGGCCAGAACUUCGGAGCGUCACGAAAGAUCAUCCUUGGAAAGUAAAGUCGGAAGAUGAUGAAGAUAGUAUCAAUUUUAUGUUAGUUUUUAGUCAUGUACAAUAGAGGCUCUAUAAUGAUACUACAUUGAUAUAUGUAUAUAUUUUUUUAUGUGUCUUUUUUAUAUAUCUAUGUAUAUUUAUUGUAACCAGUUUCUUAACUAAUGAAAUAAAAUUAUUGAUUCAUCCAACUUUGGACAACAACUUUCUAUGUAACCUAAGAAAUAAAUUAAAAUAUAUAGGUACAAUAAUAAAUGUUUAUAAGAUUUGUGUAAAAAAUCUCCCAUAGGUACUAUUUAACAUGAUCUCUUUUGGGGAAGAAGAGAAUGUAGAUUAUAACAAAAUUUUAUUUAUUUACUUUUAUUAAAAAUAAAUGUAAAUUUUAA